AUUAUCUUUGGUCUCUUUAAAAUGCCAGGAAAAAACUCUGAAUCUCAAAAUGCCUAUGAGUAAGAAUAAACUGUUUUUACUACUGGGAAUGAUCUGUUUGGAACAAGGUAAAUCUGCAACUCUCUCUCUUUCCAAAGCUCCCUCUUGUGGGCAGAGUCUAGUGAAGGCACAGCCCUGGAAUUACUUGAAUGAUUUUAGUCGCAUUGUUGGGGGAAGCCAAGUGGUAAAGGGCUCUUACCCAUGGCAGGUGUCUCUGAAACGAAGGCAGAAACAUAUCUGUGGUGGAACCAUCAUCUCUCCACAGUGGGUGAUUACGGCUGCUCACUGCGUUGCAAACAGAAAUAGUGCUUCGACUUUGAAUGUUACUGCUGGAAAACAUGAUUUGAGCCAUGAAGAGCCCGGAGAGCAAACCCUCACCAUUGAAAGCAUCAUCAUACACCCCCAAUUCUCCAUCAAAAAACCAAUGGACUAUGACAUUGCUCUUUUGAAGAUGGCUGGCACCUUCCAUUUUGGCCCAUCUGUGGGGCCCAUGUGUCUUCCAGAGCCAGGAGAACAAUUUAAGGCUGGAUUGAUUUGCACAACUGCAGGCUGGGGCCGCCUGACUGAAAGCGGCAUCCUCCCGCAAGUCUUGCAAGAAGUGAACCUGCCCAUCUUGACCCAGGAGGAGUGUGUGGCAGCUCUGCUAACCCUAAAUAAACCCAUCAGUGGGCAGACCUUCCUCUGCACGGGCUUUCUUGAUGGAGGGAAAGAUGCAUGUCAGGGAGAUUCAGGAGGUUCCCUCAUGUGCCGGAAUAAGAAAGGGACUUGGACUCUUGCUGGUGUGACUUCCUGGGGUUCUGGCUGUGGUCGAGGCUGGAGAAACAAUGUGCAAAAAGAUGAUCAAGGAUCCCCUGGGAUCUUCACAGAUCUUAGUAAAGUGCUUCCCUGGAUCCGCAAACACAUCCACAUUGGUAAUACAGCUGGUACCUAAGGUCAAGAAGCUAGGGCCAGAGAGGGCCUCAGCAGAGACGAGGCAAGUCAGGGCCACUGCGCAGCCAGGCUCUGCUCCUGUUCUCAGGGCAACACAUCAGGACUGCGGAAUUUCCUAAGGCUAAAACAAGAAGAAAGCAUGGUGUGUGGUAAAGCACACAGUCAAUGAAAAAUGAAUGCAUCCAUCCUAGCCUUUUCAAAUUUGUCUUUAAUUUAAACUAUGUCAGCUGGUGAUGUGUAUUCACCACUUCUCAACUGUGCUAGCAAGAUUCAGCAUGCAAUUGUAAAGACCAGUGGUCAUCGAGCACAGGGGACAAUGUCUGGAGAUAUUUUUUGGUUGUCACACAGGGCAGUGGUGGGCAAACUCAUUAGUCAACAGAGCCAAAUAUCAAUAGCACAACGAUUGAAAUUUCUUUUGAGAGCCAAAUUUUUUAAACUAUAUAGAUAGGCACAUUGUUAUUAACUUAGUGUACUCCUAAGCUGACCUUUGCUAGAAACUCAACAGGCCAAAGAGCUGCAUGUGGCUCGUGAGCCGCAGUUUGCCGACCACUGCACUAGGGGAAUGGGAGGGAGUGACAUUAGCUUCUAGUGGAUAGAGGCCAUGGAUGCUAAGCCUCCUACAAUGCACAGACAGGCCCCGCAGAAAAAAAAUGAUGCAGCCCCAAAUGUUAGCAAUGCCCUGGUUGAGAAGGCCUUAUACCAGCGGUUCUCAACCUGUGGGUCUCGACCUUUUUGGGGGUUGAAUGACCCUUUCACAGGGAUCACCUAAGACCAUUGGAAAACACAGAUAUUUACAUUAUGAUU